AUGAAGCUUUCCUUCCUUGCAUGUUUGUUUCUCCUCUCUAUCUCUAGCAUAUCAUCAUCAUGCAAUGCUAAUUACCAAACUAACAACCUCAUUAAGAAGUUGAUUAAGUCUCGCAAAUCUGCUAGAAACCCUAAAUCAUGGGAUGGCUUAUACUCUCCUGUGUACGUUGGCUCCCAAGAAGGGUCAAUGGAGGCUGAUAAGAUUGAGGCUUUGCCAGGGCAACCAGCUGGAGAAGUAAAUUUCAAUCAAUAUGCAGGCUAUGUUACUGUGGACCCUAAAGCUGGGAGAGCUUUGUUCUACUACUUUGUCGAGGCAAAUAAUUCUUCAAGCAAUCCUCUGGUGCUAUCGUUACAUGGAGGACCUGGAGGAUGCUCGGCUUUUGGAUAUGGAGCCUUACAAGAACUGGGACCAUUCAGAGUCGGCAACGAUAACAAGACACUAAUUCCUAAUGAUUAUGCUUGGAACAACGCGGCAAACGUCCUCUUCUUGGAGACUCCAUUAGGAACUGGGUUUUCGUAUUCGAACACAUCGUCUGACUACGACACCGUGGGUGAUGAGAUCACGGCCCAGGACUCUCAUGCAUUUCUUGUGAACUGGUUGGAGAGAUUUCCUCAAUACAAAGACAGUGAUUUCUUCAUCACUGGAGAGAGCUAUGCUGGUCAUUACGCACCUGAACUUGCUUACACCAUUCUCUCCAACAACAACAUCACAAACCAAACAAAAAUCAAUCUCAAAGGAGUUGCUAUUGGGAAUCCUUGGAUCGAUCUUAAUACCGCUCUACUGGCCCUUUAUGAUAAUUUGUGGACCCAUGCUUUGAACUCUGACGAAACCAAUGCAGGGAUACAUAAAUAUUGUAACGUUACUGACUUAGGAGGUAAGCAAUCCAACGUGUGUGUUGAAUACGUGCAACAAGCAAUCGAGGCGCUUGGGGAGGAUAUUGAUAUUUCCAACAUCUACGCUCCAAUUUGCAAAACAUCACAAGAUUCACAACCCAAAUCUGUCUCAACUGCUUCUGUUGAUGAUUUUGAUCCAUGCUCCGACAUCUAUGUCGAGAGCUAUCUAAACCUUCCCGAGGUGCAGGCAGCUCUUCAUGUUAAACCUACAAAGUGGUCAGCUUGCAGUGAUACUGAUUGGACGGACAGCCCAGACAGCAUGCUACCCACAAUACAACAGAUCAUACAAAGUGGGAUAAGUUUUUGGAUAUAUAGUGGAGACGCCGAUGGGUUCUUCUCAGUCACAUCUUCUAGAUACGCCCUGCACAUCCUCAACUUACCCAUCAAGACUACAUGGAGGCCAUGGUACUCUAAUAGGGAAGAGGUUGGAGGAUAUGUGGUUGGGUACGAAGGGUUGACGUUUGCUACUGUGAGGGGAGCUGGGAUCAUGGUUCCCAGCAACCAACCUCAACGAGCACUCACCUUGAUCUCAUCUUUCCUUGAGGGAAAGCUUCCUCCUUCCGCCAUGUGA